AUGGCUCUUUCUAUUACUGCUCAACAAGAUCCACAGAAGAAACUUGAAUGGACAUUUUUUAUGUAUGAUAUUAAUCACAAUGGAUUUAUUGACAAGAAAGAGAUGCGAAAGAUUAUGAAUGCUAUUUAUGAUCUAUUCGAUGAAGAAAAAUCAGGCCCAAAUUCACCUUUUAUCAAAGUAGAUGAGAUCUUCUUGAAAAUGGAUAGUAAUGGUGAUGGAAAAUUAUCCAAAGAAGAAUUCGUUUCUGGUUGCUUACAAGAUGAUUAUCUGAAGAAAUUACUUGCACCUUCGAUCUCAUGA